GCUCGGUUUCCCUGCUCCGUAGACUGCUCUGACACACUUUGUCAGCUCAGUGUUGGUGUGAUGCUCGAGCUCGACGGUCGCUCGAUUGGCGGCGUCUGAUAGACGACAGAUAGUCAACAUGUGGCACCCGAUAUGGCUGGUGACGCUCCUCUGCGCAGGUGCCGUCAACGGUAAGCAAUGGCCGGGGAAGCUGCGGUUCCCCUGGCAGAAGGACCGCGACAGCUCGCGCUACCAGGUGCCGUGCGUCAGCAAUGGCAAGUUCUACCGAGACCCGAACCGGGACCCUGAGCUAAUGCACACCAGCGACAGCUGCGCCCAGUACUAUCUCUGCAUCGAUGAAGAAGUGUACGAGUUUAAAUGUUCCCGAGAUCUAAUGUUCGACAUAGACCGUCAGAUCUGUGACUUCAAGGCCAAAGUGCGCAACUGCGGAGCAAAUGUCCAGAUGACCACUCCGAAGCCGAUUUUGAACACGAUCGAGCCCAUCUGUCCUCAAAACCACCACGCCUGCGGCACGGGCGACUGUAUUCCUGCCGAGCUCUUCUGCGAUGGGCAAAAUGACUGUCCGGACAAUAGCGAUGAAGGCUGGUGUGACCCGGAGCACGACCCGAACGCCGCUCCCAAGUGUAAGUACCAGAACUGCACUCUGCCCAGCUGCUGGUGCUCUACCGACGGCACCCUGAUCCCCGGAAACCUGGAGCCCAGCCAGGUCCCGCAAAUGGUCGUCGUCACUUUCGACGACGCCGUCAACUCUCAGAACAUCGACAUCUACAGGAAGCUGUUUGAUAAGGAGAAGCGUAAGAACCCGAACGGCUGCCCAUACCACGCCACCUACUUCGUCUCCCACGAGUUCACCAACUACCGGGACGUGCAGGAGCUGUGGAACCUCGGACACGAGAUCGCCGUGCACAGCAUCACUCACCGUAAGCCGGAGGACUGGUGGACCAACAACGCCACCAUCGAGGACUGGUUCGAUGAGAUGGUCGGCCAGGCCAACAUCAUCAACCGCUACGCCGGAAUCUCCAUGGAGGACAUGUGGGGUAUGCGCGUGCCGUUCCUGCGUGUCGGCUGGAACCGCCAGUUUGUGAUGAUGCAGGAGUUCGGCUUCGUGUACGACUCGUCUGUGACGGCUCCGUACUCCGAUAUCCCCUUCUGGCCGUACACCCUCGACUACCGGAUCCCGCACAAGUGUGUCGGAGAGGGAGUCAAGUGCCCGUCGCGGUCCUUCCCAGGCAUCUGGGAGAUGGUGAUGAACCAGCUCAAAGUGCACGAAUACACGUGUGCGAUGGUAGACAACUGUCCGCAAGUGGAGGACGAGGAGGAACAGUUCCAGGUGUUCAUGAGCAACUUCAAGCGCCACUACACGACGAACCGGGCACCGUUCGGACUCUACUUCCACACCGGAUGGUUCCAGAAAAAGUCCAACCUCAAGGCCUUCUCCCGUUUCCUGGACGCCAUCGGUCAGAUGCAGGAUGUCUGGGUGCUCAACAACCGUGAGGUGAUCCAGUGGAUGAAGAACCCCAAACCGCUGGGACAGAUCAACCAGAUGGAGGAGUGGAAGUGCGGCAAACAGAUUCCGCUGGAGGACAAGGCGUGUAACAUUCCCAACACGUGCCACGUUCGGAGCCGCGUGCUCCGGACGGACCGUUACCUGUACACGUGCUUCGAGUGUCCCAUCCACUACCCGUGGCUGAGGGAUGAGUUCGGAGUGGACCUGUGAGCGCUGGUCGGCACGAGAAAUGCUAUAACGAUACUCCAGUAUCACCAACCUGUUACGACCCAAUAAUGGUGAUGCUAUGAAAUGAGGAAACCCACCGCUAAGGCAAGCGAACUAAGUAUUGUCAGUGAUCUAGAACUAUGGAGUAAGAUUAAUGAUACAUACGCAGUUUAUAAGGAUGACGGAGGGACACAUCAGAUAAUUGAUACAUCGUACCGUCUACCGAAAGCUCAUGCUAAUUUUUAAUCAUCAGCAAUUUGCUCUUGCGUGAGUCAGUGACUGGUGACUCCGAAAAAGAGCACUGGGGGCAAUCUCGAGUGACGUUUUUUCGGCGAUUUGAGGUCGAUUUACCUUUAAGCUCGUUUUGGGAUGUUAUGCGAGUCGUACGGGCGUGAAUGUAGCCUGCUACGGCGUUGAAAUGCGAGUGAGGAAUUGCGCAGUAUUUUAUUGCACCAACCCUAAGUUAUUGGUGUUGAUUGUUUUAUAUACUCAACACGCACAUGCAUCUGCUUAGUGCUGCCUUUGUUGUUACGGUGUUGUUACGCUGAUGUUGCGAGUUGUUAUGGCAUAUUUAUGAAGUUAUCGGGAACGUGGACACUGGUUGCGACUAUCAAUAAAGGCUUCAAAAGCGUCAUGUG